GCACGCACACAUACACCCACAUAAACGUUCGCCACACUCCUGCACGUCCUGCACCGUCCUCCUUCAUUCUUGCGCACAUCCCCUUCUGUGGUCUAACCGGAUGAGUUACCCGGUGGACACUGUAGGGAGUCCCUUCAGGAGAACUAUGGAUACUAGAACGACCAGCUAUGGCUACAGCCGCUCCAGCGGCACCCCCUCCAGCGGCUUUCGGUCCCAGUCCUGGUCCCGGGCCAGUCCCGGCUCCACCGUGACUACGUCUUACAAGAGGAACGUGAAUAUGCCGGUAACCCGGGCAUACAGCUCAGCUGUGCUGAGCUCCGCCGACAGCGUUGAUUAUAGUCAAACCUCUAUCCUGAACGGAGACUACAAGCGUUCUAACGAGAAAGAGCAACUUCAAGGGCUCAAUGACCGGUUUGCUGUUUACAUUGACAAGGUGCACUACCUGGAGCAGCAGAACAAGCAGAUCGAGGCGGAGAUCCAGGCACUGCGGCAGAAGCAGGUGUCGCGCUCCCAGAUGGACGACCUCUAUGACCAGGAGCUGCGGGAGCUACGGGAGCUGCUGGAGCAAAUCCACCAUGACAAGGCACAAAUUCAGCUCGACACGGACCACAUCGACGAGGACAUCCAGCGGGUCAGGGACCGCUUUGAAGAAGAAGCUCGCAUCCGAGAGGAGACAGAGGCCAUAAUCCGUGUCCUGAAGAAGGACAUGAGCGACUCGGAGUUGGUGAAGUCUGAGUUGGAGAAGAAAGUUCAGUCGCUGCAGGAUGAAAUCGCCUUCAUCCGCAACAAUCACGAGGAAGAAGUCAGCGACCUCAUCGCCCAGAUUCAGGCGUCUCAGGUGACAGUGGAGAGGAAAGACCUCCAGAAGGCUGACAUCACCGAAGCUCUCCGGGAGAUUCGAAGCGAGCUGGAGGGCCACUCCAACCAGAACCUGCAGCAGGUGGAAAACUGGUUCAUGUGCCGCUACGUCAAGCUGACCGAGGCUGCAGAGCAAAACAAGGACGCCAUAAAGUCCGCCCGUGACGAGAUAGCCGACUAUCGCCGUCAGCUGCAGUCCAAGACGGUGGAGCUGGAGUCCGUCCGCGGUACAAGAGACUCACUGGAGAGACAGCUUAAUGACAUCGAGGACCGCCACAACAGCGACCUGGCCAGCCUGCAGGAAACAAUUCACCAGCUGGAUAAUGAGCUCAAGAGCACCAAAUGGGAGAUGGCUCGUCACCUGCGUGAGUACCAGGACCUGCUCAAUGUCAAGAUGGCCUUAGACAUUGAAAUAGCUGCAUACAGGAAACUCCUAGAGGGUGAGGAGACCCACUUCAGCACUUUCCCUUACCGCCAGACUGUCACCACCACUAAAAUCUCUAAGCCUAAGUCGGAGCCCACAAAGCUUAAGGUGCAGCACAAGUUUGUGGAGGAGAUCAUUGAGGAGACAAGGGUUGAGGAUGAGAAGGCUGAAAUGGAUGAGGCCCUGGCAGAGAUAGCGCAAGAGCUGUCUGCAGCACAGGAAGGAGAGGAGGGUGAAGAGGAAGAAGGGGAGGAGAAAGCAGAGGGAGAAGAAGCAGAGGGUGAGGUGGAAGAGGGAGAAGGAGAGGAGGGAGGAGAAGAAGAAGAAGUCGUAGCGGUCACUGAAGCCAAAGUUAGCUCAAGUGCGCCCAGCAAGGAGGAAGAGGAGGAUGAAAAAGGUGGUGAUGAGGGAGAAGAGGGAGAGGGAGAAGGUGGUGAGGAGGAUGAGAAGGAAGAAGAAGCAGAGGGAGAAGGUGGUGAGGGUGAGGAUGAGGGAGAAAAGGGGGAUGAUGCAGAGGGAGGUGAUGAAGAAGGAGAGGGAGGAGGAGAGGAGGAAGAAGUUGAGGAGACAAUGUUGUGCACCAAAGCUCCAGAGUCUAAAGCCUCUCCUGACAAAGAGAAGGCUGGAGACAAAGAGGGCAGUGGAGAAGAGGAGGGAGCAGGUGCUGAAGAAGAGAGUGGAGAUCAGGAUGAAGAUGCAGGUAGUGACAAAGCAGCCAAAAGUGGAGAUGAGAAGGAGGAAAAAGAGGAUGCAGGCAAAAAGGAAGAUGAGAAGAAGGGAAAAGAUGAGCCAGACUCAGAACCACCUGUAACCCAGACAGAGGCUCCAAAAACUGAAGCUACAAAGGCCGAGGCCAAGAAAGAAGAUGCUCCUAAAUCUGAGGAAACAAAACCUGAAUCUCCAAAGAAAGAAGAAGCUCCCAAAACAGAGGGAUCAAAACCUGACUCUCCAAAGUCAGAUUCCCCAAAGCCUGCGUCUCCCAAAUCUGAAUCCCCUAGGCCUGCCUCCCCCAAGUCUGAAUCCCCUAAGCCUGCCUCCCCCAAGUCUGAAUCACCAAAACCAGAGUCUCCUAAAUCUGAAUCUCCCAAGCCUGCUUCUCCUAAAGCAGAGUCUCCAAAAGAAGCAUCCCCAAAAUCUAGCUCCCCAAAAGCUGAAUCCCCAAAGACCGAGACCGCAAAGCCUGAGGCUCCUAAAAGCACUGAAGACAAGACUGAGAAAAAGAGCGAGUCAACAGAAGAGAAGAAAGUUGAAAAGAAAGAUGUUGCCAUGAACGGUGACAUAGACAAGAGUAGCCCUGAGGAGAAAGAGAAGAAGGAUGAAGGAAAAGAAGCUGAUGUGAUCGCCAACGGCGUAGACGAGAGUCCUGUCAAGGAAGACGGCAGCCAGAAGGUUGUGAUCACCAAGACCGUGGAGACAAUCACCACCGGAGAGGAUGGGUCAAAGCAUGUCAUCAAGUCCGUCACUGUGACCGAAACGGUGAAGGAGGCGGAAGAGAUGGUGCAGGAGAAACUGGUCUCUACUAAGAAGACCGAGAAACACUCCACUCAGUCUAUCAAGCAGGUGACGGAGAGUGAGUGAGCAGAGAAGGAAGGGGAGAGAACAACACAAGCAAUCAAUCCAGAACUAACAUAACAAAGAAAAUCAUACAGCUAGAGCGAUGUAAUAAAGAUAACCACUCUCAAACAUACAAAACAAGUCAGAGCGAGAAGCCAAAAGUUAAACACUACAAAUUUCAAAAAUGCAUGUUGAGUGAAAGCUUCAAACAGGCUUCACAGCAGACGCGGACAGAAGCAAGUGACUGAGAUAUUUUAUUCUUCCUUAUGUUUUUUUUCCUUUCUGCAGUUAA